AUGUGCCACCCGCCUCAAUCCCUGCCUUCCCUCGCCACUGCGUACUUCGAGCUGACCGUUCCCUAUCGGCUUAUCGUUGUCAUCGUUGUCAUCGCUUACCACGACGUACCGCUGUGCAUCUAUUCAAGGCUGGUGGUUUCUUCUCCGAUCGCAGAUAUUUUUCCAUGCCCUCUCAUGUCGGAUACUCCUGCAUGCACUCGGUGCCUCCGACCUUGGAGUUCUGGCAUCUCGGGGUCUUAUCGGACUUGCAUCGACUGCAGGGCAAAGGACGCUGCUCGCAAGGCCCGAAAAAGGCACUCCCGCCUGACCGGUCCACCAGGUGAAGCUUCUCCUACCCGCAAAACUCAGUCCAUCUCCAUCGCUCGCCGUCCCAGUCAUGCCGCUGCUGCCUCCCUAAGCAACGAAGGCCUGGCUUCAGCGACUUUGUCUCCAGCUCUUCCGGCAAACGAAGAGAUAACAAUGCUCAGCAUCCCAACUUCUUCGUCCCUUGCGUCUGACCAUAGCUACUGGUGGCUUCAUCUAAGUCGUCUUCAUGUCCGGCCGUUUCGUCAAGCCUGGGCCGGUCGUUGCACAUUUUGCUCAGCAGUCCUUCUAACCACCGAGAAAUCAGGUUGGUGUUGUGUGAACGGUACUCGACUGGCGUCCAAGCUUCCCCCGUACCCACCGGACUUUCAACGCUGGAUCGACAACACUACCUUGCCAUUGUCAGCUAUUAGUCGCCGCUUGAAUUUUUUAUUUGCCUUUUCUGCUAUUGGAGCUUCCGAGGGAUUCGUACACUUUGGCGUGCCCGCUGACGUCGUCGUAUCUGGUCGGGUGUAUCAUCGGCUGCUUGACUUAUCCGCCGGCGAUCACAGCAUGCGUUGGUUUCUGUACGAUGAAGACGCCCGGUCUUUGAAAGCCGCGAAUGCGAACGUUCCCUUGCCUGCUGUUCAGCAAACGAAGCCCCUGAUUCAGUCAGUCAACCCGUACCUCUCUACUAUCCGCCAUGCCUUGCAGCAGGUCGCCGAUGAGGCGAUCCCGUUGGCCGUCGAGCUGAAGGAUUCGUCCCUCAGUGGUGAGGUCGCUGCAGUUAUCAACACACAGAAUCUUGGCACCAUCGACUGCCGCAAAGUCGUUUUCCAUCGCCAUGGUGGUAGGGCUCAGUUUGUUCAUAUCCUCUCCCGACACUACGAGCCUCUUCAGUAUCCAUUGCUAUUUCCCCACGGAACACUGGGCUGGGGCAUCCCUGCACUCGACGAACCCACUCUCAGGCGGUCGGGCACUACAGGGAACGACACACCGGCUCAACAAGCCAAUGGCCUCACACAGCUUCAGUGGUAUCGGGCGUUGCUUCUAUCAGAAGCUCGAUUUCUGACCUUCGGUCGUCUCGCCUGCGAAUACCUGGUUGACAUGUAUUCAAGACUCGAAGAAACAAACCUAGACUACUUACGACGGGCAAGGUCAAUGCAAUCCUCGGGGCUGGACGAACAAACUGCCGAGAUAUCGUCAGACAGCUUGCGCAACAGGUUGCCGGCAACCUUCACCGGCUCCCGGGCAUGGACGUCUGACCAGGUUGCUGAUAGUCUGGCACUGGCACGACACCUUGGAAAGCCGACCUUUUUUAUUACGAUGACGACGAAUCCGGGAUGGCCCGAAAUCGUGAGUUCGAUGAAGGCCGGUCAGCAUUUUACUGAUAUUCCUACGGUAGUCUGUCGUGCUUUCCACAUCCGUCUUCAGCAUCUCAAAUCCUUUAUAAAGGCUCAUUUCGGUCGCAUAUUAUACGUCAUUACCGUAGUCGAGUUUCAGAAACGGGGGCUCCCGCACGCACACAUGCUGAUCAAGGUUGCUCCAGAGCCCCCUAUUGAUGCCCUGGACACUGUCGUUUCCGCUGAACUCCCUCGGUCUGCUGCGGAUGCUACCCUCCGCGCCUCCAUUCUUCGCACCAACAUACACAGGCGAACCCAUCUAUCAGGUCCCUCUUACUGUAACAGGGGUGGCCGGUGUCGAUUCGGAUUCCCUCAUCAGCUUCGUCAACGAACAUCGAUCGAUUCUCAAGGUCGUGUUCACUUUCGUCGCAGAUCAGAACAAGAUGCAUGGGUUGUUCCUUAUAUCCCUGCAUUCAUCCUGUAUAUGGACUCUCACAUUCAUGUUGACGUUUGUCUUUCCGUCAACGUCUUCAUGUAUCUCUUCAAAUAUUUAUUCAAGGGUCCAGACAAGACUAAGCUCCGUGUGGGUGAGGUUCCACUCUCGGACAUAUCGGACGAAUACAUAUUGGGAACCUGUCCGGGUAGCGGGGUUUGGCCAACAGCCCACGCGCUCCGGGUGUUACUCAAUGAGGGAGCAAACUUCUGUCGUCCUGAGCCAUCGAUCAAUACGCACCGUUUUGGGUGUGCUCACGAGCAAAUCCAGAAGGAGCUCCCUUUCACAAACACCCCGGAUCGGAGAGCGCCUUCUGGGUCAUGGAAGGAUCCACUGAUCCAAGGUCGAGCUCUAACGCCGCCUAACAAGUCGAACCUCUCUUUGAGUAACUGGCCCGGCAUCGAGGAGUCGUUGGCUGGCAAUGAGUGUCCGUCAACGAGAGCUUCAUAG